AUGUCGGGCCCAAUAUCUCCCAUCGAGGAGCUGUCGAUUCAGCAGGCCAAAGACAUGGAGAAGGAACCCAACCCGGCACCCGAUCAACGCAUUGGGGAUCAGAUCUCCCACGAGCUUCUGCACGAACUCGCCCCAAACUCGGACAGAGACCGCGCAUACAUCUUGGAGAGAAUCAAUGAGAUGUCCGAGGAAGAGGCGCUUUCUAUCAUUACCGACGGCGUAGACUUCUUCUCAGACGACUGGAACUUUCCUUCAGACAUGAGAGACCGCAUGAAGCGGUUGCUACAAGGCCCAAAGGCAUACGGAGAGUACUAUGAUCGAGACCUGCGGAUAGACGCCACGAUGAUCCGCUACUCAUCGCCAUAUCCUGGGGUGCGUGCAGUAGCCGAGAUCAUCGACGAUGAGAAGAUACCUGUCGAAACUAUACGCGCCUAUUUCUUGGGCAUUGGGUGGGCCGUAAUCGGGACUUUCGUGUCCACUUUCUUUAACAGCCGCUUCCCAUCCAUCAGCCUCAACUCGCAGGUCAUACAGAUCCUGCUCUUCCCUUGUGCAAAGGUCCUUGAGCGUAUCCUUCCGGAUUGGGGAAUCAAAAUAAGAGGCAUCCGGCACUCGCUCAACCCCGGCCCGUGGACGUUCAAGGAGCAGAUGUUUGCCACCAUCACGUACAACAUUGCUAUCUACACCACCAACAGCUACGGAAUGAUAUUGGUCCAGAGGCUCCCCAUGUUUUACGGACAGAGCUAUGUCAACUUUGGAUACCAGUUGAUGUUGACUCUGUUCGUGCAACUCAUGGGUAUGGGUCUGGCCGGCUACCUCAGAAGGUUCAGCGUCUAUCCGGUCAAGGCGCUGUGGCCAACCCUGCUUCCCAUUAUCCAGACCAACAGAGUCCUUACAAGGCCAGAGCCUAAAGAGAACAUCAAUGGAUGGACUAUCUCUAGAUAUCGGUUCUUCUGGAUAUGCGCAAGUUGCAUGUUCUUCUACUACUGGCUGCCUGGCUAUCUUUUCACGGCGCUGGCUACAUUCAACUGGAUGACCUGGAUCGCCCCGAAGAAUGUCUUACUCGCGACCCUGACUGGGUCAGUGUCAGGCCUCGGCCUCUUCAACCCCAUCACGACGUUUGACUGGAACGUGGCAACGUCCUCCUAUGCUGCACUCGCUCAGCCUUUCUUUGUGACAUGUACGAUGUACUGUGGUGCUAUUCUGGGCGGCGUGAUCAUUCUCGGCAUCUGGUACACAAAUAUGUAUAACACGGGGUAUCUGCCCAUCAACUCGUCUUCGGCCUUUGCAAACGACGGCACCGCCUACAAGGUACAGAAUGUGGUCAGGAACAAUCGACUGGACAACAACCUCUACCAAGAAUACUCCCCGCCGUUCUACUCUGCCGGUUACAUCCUGACAGUAGGCGGUAACUUUGCGUUCUAUCCCGUCUAUCUGAUAUACAUCAUGGUGAACCAGUGGAGAACUAUGAAGGAGGCCUACGUCAAUUUCUAUCAAGGCAUCAGGCACGGCCGGGGCAACUUUGAAGGGGCCGUGGACAUCCACAAUCGGCUCAUGAGUAAGUACAAGGAAGUGCCAGACUGGUGGUUCAUCCUCAUCCUGGCUCUUGCAUUUGUCGUGUCUUGUGUCUUCCUCAAGAUCUACCCGCUCGACACGCCGGUCUGGCUGAUCUUGGUCGUUCUGGGAAUCAACCUGGUGUUUGCCGUACCCUUGUCUUUCCUCUCUGCGACGACAGGCACCAAUCUUGGUCUCGGGGCUCUCAUCCAGGUGAUCACGGGCUACCUGCUUCCCGGCAACCCGAACGCCUUUCUCUUCUCUCAGACCCUGGGCUCGUGGGCAUUGGCAGGCUACUCGGACAACUUUGUACAAGACCAAAAGAUGGCGCACUACACCAAGAUCGCGCCGCGGGCCGUCUUCCGCAGCCAGAUCGGCACCAUCAUCAUCACCUGCUUCGUGGCGGUCGGGACCCAGGACUUCAUCCUAAGGAGCGUGGAGGGCCUCUGCACACCGGACCAGCCGUCGCGCUUCACAUGCGCCAACGACGGCCACCCGCUCUACGCCAGCUCCCUCAUGUGGGGCCUCCUGGGCUCGGACCGCAUGUUCAACGAGCUGUACCCGAUGCUCAAGUGGUGCUUCCUCAUCGGCACGCUGAUCGCCCUGGUCUUCCUGUUCGGCCAGGGCUACGGCCCGGUAUACCUGCCGCGGGUCCGCGAGUGGCUGCGCCGCAAGCUGAGGCCGCGGACGUACGCGCUGCUCGACAGGACGCUCUUCCCCUUCGUCGCCUCGCUCUUCUGGCUCAACCCGGUCCUGAUCAUACAGGGCAUCCAGCACUGGGCGCCGUCCAACCUCUCGUACAAGACGCCCGGCAUGAUCUUGUCCUUCAUCUUCAUGUACUGGAUCCCGCGGAGGCACCUCGCGUGGUGGGAGAAGUACACCUACGUGCUGUCGGCCGCCCUGACUGCCGGCGUCGCGGUCAGCGCGCUCAUCAUGUUCUUUGCGAUUGGGUACCACCCCGUCAGCCUGAAGUGGUGGGGCAACACCGUCUCGGGGGCCGGUGUAGAUGGCAAGGGUGCGGGAUUGCUUCCGCUCCCGCCGAGGGGGUACUUUGGGCCGGAGAAGGGGCAUUUCCCCAUCAAAACCAUCCAUGGCACUGAUAAAACGGCCUGCUCUCCCGCAUUCGAACAGGUUCCUGCAGCAGGUUUCCUCCCGUUCGAAUCCAUCCAACUUACAGAUCGAGUGCUUAGCAAGCUAGCGCAUGAGAAGUGUCCACUUGCGUUCUCAGUUCGAUUCAACUCCAGUGAUCUCUCGCCAGUCUCUAAUGAGCAACAACACUCUCAGCCAACGAAGCAAUGCAAAACCUAUCCUGACGAGAGCUCUUGGCCGUCAAACGAUGUUUGGGCCGCCUUCAAUGAAACGGUGGGUGGAGCGUUGAUCAAGACCGCUCCCGAAGCAGCGAUCUGCUAUUCCGACUGGGAACGUUACUCGGCAUCUGAUUGCCAGAGCCUCACGACAAGCUGGAACAAUUCAACCCUACGCAUACAAGACCCAACAUCGAUCCGCUCGGUCCUCUUCGAGGGCAUGACAUGUAUGCCUCCAGAGUAUACGGCAAGUUUUCUCGGAGUCAACAACACCUGUACUACGGGGGGGUAUCCAGAGUACACAGUCAAUGUGACCAAUGUGGCCCAGAUUCAGCUGGCCGUCAACUUUGCUCGAGAACGCAACAUUCGACUUGUCAUCAAGAAUACCGGACAUGACUUUGGCGCCAAGUCCACCGGCCAUGGGGCCCUCAGCAUCUGGACCCACCACCUCAAAGACGCACAGUUUUACGAGUCGUUUGACACACCACAUUACAGCGGCCCGGCAUUUCGGUUCGGCGCCGGUAUCCAAGUUUAUGAUGCCAAUGGGCUGGCGAAGCAGCACGGAGUGACAGUUGUGGGCGGUGAAGGCAAGACGGUUGGCCUUGUUGGCGGUUAUAUCCAGGGCGGCGGCCACUCGCCUCUUACUUCGAUAUGGGGCAUGGCAGCCGACCAUGUCUUGUCAGUACAGAUGGUCACUGCAGACGGACGAUUCAUCACCGCCAACGCGACCACGAAUCCCGAUCUCUUCUGGGCCGUCCGUGGCGGCGGCGGUUCCACGUUCGGAGUAGUGACGUCCAUGACGAUCAAGGCGUUCCCCAAGAUCAAGACGACAAUCAUGUCGUACAACCUGACGACCAACGCCAUGUUCACACACGACCAGUUCUGGCGGGCCCAAAGGGCCUACGUCGACGAGUUCGACAGGCUCGCUAAGCUGGGGUACUACGCCUACUACCGCAUCCGGCACGCGGGCGACGAGAUCACCCACGACAUGACGUCCAUGGUGGCGCCCAACACCAAGUGGGCCGCCAUCGGCGUCCCCUUCGCGCCGGCGGUCCGCGAGUUCGACAACUACGCCGACGCCUGGGCCGCGGGCUUCCCGCAAGAGGCCUGGACGUGGACGAUGCGCCAGGCGAGCCGGCUCGUGCCGCGGGACGUGCUGACGGACGAGGCCUCGCGCGGCGCCGUGUUCGACGCCGUCCGGGGCGUGUUCGACGAGGGCGCGAACCUGAUCAUGUUCAACAUCCGCAACCCGCCCGGCGCCGCGCAGGCCGCCGGCGCCGACAACGCCGUCAACCCGGCCUGGCGCGAGGUGCUCAUGUUCGCCCUCAUGUUCGUCACCUGGGGCGUCGCGGACCCGCCCGGGCGCGUGGCGGAGCUGUCGCGGAACCUGACGUACGAGUGGAACCCGCGCUGGCGGGCGCUGACGCCCGGCUCGGGCACGUACAUGUCCGAGUCGGACUACAUCGAGCCCGACUGGCAGACCAGCUUCCACGGGGCCAAUUACAAGCGGCUGUACGAGAUCAAGCAGCGGUGGGAUCCCGAGGGCGUGUUCUACGCGCAGAAUGCGGUCGGGUCCGAGGACUGGGAGAUGAGCGGGAUGAUUCUGGGGCAUUUGCCUUCGCAGAACAGCAAGCUCUGUCGCAAGUGA